ACCCACCUGGAGAGCCCAUCCAAGUACCACAUCCAGCAGACCCAGAGGCAGCAGGUGAAGCAUUACCUGUCCAGUGCACUGGGGGCCAAGCUAAGCCCACAGGCCAGCACAGGGCCCGGCCCCAGCCAGCCCACAGAGCACGGCAUGCCCCCUGGACCAGGAGCCAGCGCUCCUAAUAGCCCUAUGGCCCUUCUCACCCUCAACUGUGAGAAAGAGAUGGACGAUGUAAUUGAAGACAUCAUAAGUUUGGAAUCAAGCUACAAUGAUGACAUUCUAGGAUUCAUGGAUGCAGGACUUCAAAUGACUAAUACGAUUCCAGUUUCUUCAAACCUGUUGGACAUGUACAACAAUCAUGCUCUUCCUCCAACUGGGGUUACCAUUAACAACUCCUGCUCAUCUAACCUGCCGGCCGUCAAAAGGGAAUUAUCCGUUACCCCAGCACCUGGCAUGAUGCACAUAAUGGACAAGCCUGGAUCAUGUGGCACGUUUGACACUUAUCAAAGGCCUGAAGGCUUUCCAGUAGAAGCAGAGGUCAGAGCCUUGGUAAAAGAGAGACAAAAGAAAGACAACCACAACCUCAUUGAAAGAAGGCGGCGUUUUAAUAUAAAUGACAGAAUUAAGGAGCUGGGGACAUUAAUACCCAAGUCAAAUGAUCCAGACAUGAGGUGGAAUAAGGGCACCAUCCUGAAAGCUUCAGUGGAUUAUAUUAGGAAACUGCAGAAAGAGCAGCAAAAAGCAAAAGAGCUGGAAAACAGACAAAAGCGACUAGAACAUGCAAAUAGACAUCUCCUCCUUCGUAUUCAGGAGCUUGAGAUGCAAGCCCGCGCUCAUGGACUUGCCGUUGUAGCCUCUCCCAGCCUUUAUUCCUCCGACCUGGUUGCUCGAGCCAUCAAACAAGAGCCUGGAAUGGGGGACUGCACGUCUGAUUUGUACCCACACCUCCCCAGUCCUGACCUGUCCCGUCCCACCACUCUGGACCUCAACAACGGCACUAUCAGCUACAACGACAGCCCCACGGAAGAAGGGGAACCGGGGGUCUACGACAGCCCCAACAAGGCCUCCGCCAAGCUGGAGGACAUGCUCAUGGACAAAAACCUGUCUCCAGUGGGCAGCAGUGACCCCCUGCUGUCCUCCGGCUCCCCCCUCCCAUCCAGCAGCAGCGGCAGCAGCAGUAUGGAUGAACAUGAAAAUGGCUGUUAGCAUUGUGAACCAACAUUGAUGAACCAAAGUUAGAUGAUUAGAUGUUUCUUUGUAUAAAGUUAUGUUAUCUGAGAUUACCAAUGUUACAUUCAGAUAGUUUGCUUUCAAUCCAGAACUUGUAACAUGAAGAGCAAAAUUACAUUUCAGCACUUAUCUUGUAUUUUAGAAUAUUAUAUAUUUUUUCAUUUAUCAUGCUGGAGUUUAGUAGUUUUAAUAGUUUGAUGAUUUAUGAAGGAUUUAUAUAGAACAAUAUGAAGAACAGCUAGAAUACCCCCAAUAUGAUUUCUGGAGUUGGCUUGAUAUUGUCCUCAAAUGCAACUUCUUGGGUGUAAUUUUCCAGUAACACAUGCACAGUUCAAUUCUCUUCUACUGUGCAACAGUUAAUUAACCAAGAGCAACAACAAAAACACAACAACAGACAUAUCUACAGGAGAAACAUUCACAGAGGUCUGGUAAUUGUUGAUGUAAUGUAAUUAAGGAUGUCCAAUCUUCAGCUAUAACACUAAAAUAUUUUACUUUGUUCCUCAUCCCACCAUGAGAAAGCAGGAGUUUUGAACACUUUAAGGUGAUGAUACACGGCGCAACUUUGUGAGCAAUGUUGCCGAGUGAUGUCCCUUGGGCACUUUUCCAUUGAGAAUGGGCAAAAAAUCUUAAUGGAAUAGAAGAGCGAAUAGAUCUGAACAAUGGAUGUUGAUCUAUCCUUAAAGAAAAUAUCCUUUAUAAUAUCCUCUAUAAUAUAAUUUUUUUUUUUUUUUACUUAAACCUAGCUUAAUUUUUCAGAACAGUAUGUACUUUUGUACAACGUGGUGGGUAUUGUGUUCAGGCACUGUUUUUAGUGAUUACUGACUGUUCAAUCACUUAGUGUUGGACAGUUUGGACAGGAUACUAACAUUAUCAGUUAAAGUAUUAAAAAUCAUGUCAAAAUCGUGAUUGACAAAAACAUACUCAUUUUGUAUCACAAUGAUAUGGUGUAUCUAUAAUGAUGAAUGACUUGCUAUUGAACAGCUAAAGUACAA